CUCUCCCGGGCCGGCUUUCCCGAGAAGAUGCCGAAGGCCAAGUCCGCGGCGAGCGGCCGCCGGCGCGAGCGGCAGGAGCAGCGCCGGGAGCUGAAGCGGGCCGGAGGACUCAUGUUCAACACAGGGAUCGGGCAGCACAUUUUGAAAAAUCCUCUAGUUGUUAACAGCAUUAUCGAUAAGGCUGCACUAAGACCUACGGAUGUGGUGCUGGAAGUUGGGCCUGGGACUGGGAACAUGACUGUCAAGCUGUUAGAAAAGGCCAAAAAGGUAGUUGCCUGUGAACUUGAUCCAAGGCUAGUAGCCGAACUUCACAAAAGAGUUCAGGGCACGCCUCUGGCCAGCAAACUCCAGGUCCUGGUGGGAGAUGUAUUGAAAUCGGAUUUGCCAUUCUUCGAUGCUUGUGUGGCAAACUUGCCUUAUCAGAUCUCCUCUCCCUUUGUCUUCAAGUUGUUGCUCCACCGACCAUUUUUCAGAUGUGCUAUACUUAUGUUUCAAAGAGAAUUUGCUCUUCGUUUGGUUGCAAAACCUGGAGAUAAACUAUACUGCAGACUCUCCAUUAAUACACAGCUUUUAGCACGUGUGGACCAUUUAAUGAAGGUGGGGAAGAAUAACUUCAGACCACCUCCUAAGGUGGAGUCUAGCGUCGUAAGGAUAGAACCUAAGAAUCCACCACCACCUAUCAAUUUCCAGGAAUGGGAUGGCCUAGUAAGGAUCGCUUUUGUUCGGAAAAACAAGACACUGUCUGCUGCAUUCAAGUCAAAUGCAGUACAGCAGCUGUUGGAAAGGAACUAUAGAAUUCACUGUUCAGUACAUAAUACUGUAAUACCAGAAGAUUUCAGUAUAGCAGAUAAAAUACAGCAAGUCCUAACCAGCACAGAUUUUAGUGACAAACGGGCCCGUUCCAUGGACAUAGAUGACUUUAUCAGGUUGCUACAUGGAUUCAAUGCAGAAGGUAUCCAUUUUUCCUAGCCAUUUGAAAACAAUUUUUUUCAAGACCAAGAAAAAAAAUGAAAUUAUACAUUUCUAAUAUUGUCCUGUAUGUUAAAAGAUGUUGAUUCUAUGUAUUCUUUUUUAAGUGUUUAAAAUAUACUGCAAAGGACAGGGUUCAACAUACA